AUGGGGCUGUCCCUGGAACCCAGAACCUGUCUACGACUCCUGAGGACAUUGAGUCAUCAUCAUCAUCAUCACGGUAUCCAAUCUCGAUUGCUUCUCCCCUUGACAACCACACGAGGUAGACGAUAUGAAGCAUUCGAUGCCCGUCUCGACAGGGAUUCACUGUCCGAAGCACGCGCGUGGUUCUCCAAGCUAGACGCGUCGCUACUUCCCAGGGGAAACACGACUUUUUCACGAUCUAGCGGUGCGGGUGGACAGCACGUCAACAAAACCGAAACCAAGGCCACGACGGCUUAUCCAGUACGGGAACUCCUAGCCCUGCUACCCAAAUCACUGCACACGCACGUGCGAUCAUCGCGUUACUACACGGCUGGCAACGACAGCCUCACAUUCCACGCGCAGACGACUAGGUCCAGGACGGCCAACCAGGAGGAAAACUCGCGCAAGCUGAUGGACGAGAUCGUGAGGAUCUAUCGGGAGAAUACGCCUAAUGAGACGAGUGAAGAUAAGAAGCAAAAAUACGAGGAA